AUCUCCUCCAGCAGGUGAUCCUUCAGCCCCCUGCAUCCAUAUAUAUAUGUUGCCCCUCUGUCAUCCUCUGUGGACACAGCAGCCGCAGUAGCAAUUGCCUGAAGACACCACGGGCAGGGUCAGUCCUUGCAGCCUUCAGCAAUCGCCGCUCCAUGAUGUGGGAACUGCGAUCCGUAGCCUUCACCCGGGCUGUCUUUGCAGAAUUUCUGGCGACUUUGGUCUUCAUCCUCUUUGGCCUGGGCUCUGCUCUGAACUGGCCUUCAGCUUCUUCUCCGAGCAUCCUUCAAAUCGCGCUGGCUUUCGGCUUGGCCAUCAGCACGCUGGUCCAAGCCCUGGGGCACAUCAGCGGAGCCCACAUCAACCCAGCAGUGACAGUGGCUUGCCUCAUCGGCUCCCAAGUCUCCUUCCUCCGAGCAGUCUUCUACGUGGUGGCCCAGCUCCUGGGGGCUGUCGUGGGGGCUGCCAUCUUACACGAGAUCACCCCAGCAGACUCUCGGGAAGGCUUGGCCAUCAACAAGCUGCACAACGAGACGACGACGGGGCAGGCAGUGACCGUUGAGCUUUUCCUCACCUUCCAGCUGGUCCUGUGCAUCUUUGCUUCCACCGACGAACGCCGGGAGGACAACCUGGGCUCUCCUGCCCUGUCCAUCGGCCUUUCUGUUGCCGUGGGGCAUCUCCUUGGGAUCCGUUACACUGGCUGCUCCAUGAAUCCAGCCAGAUCCUUCGCCCCUGCUGUGAUAGUCGGAGACUUCAGUGACCACUGGGUCUUCUGGGUGGGCCCCCUGGUUGGGGCAGCAGCAGCCUCCAUCAUCUACAACUACAUCCUCUUCCCGCAAGCCAAAACCUUCUCAGAGAGACUUGCCAUCUUCAAAGGCUUUGAGCCAGAGGAGGACUGGGCAGAGCGCGAGGUCCGGCGGCGGCAGUCGGUGGAGCUUCACUCCCCACAGACGCUGCCGAGGGGGAUGUCAGAGAAGGUGUAGCUGAACCUCCCCCUGGGCCGAGAGCGGAGCUGGGGAAAACUCUGGCAUCUGUUUUAGAGACAGCACUCGUUCACAUGAGAGUUUCACCUCUCCCCUCUCUCCCAUCAUUUUGGCUGGGGGACUAAAGUUGACUGAUCUUCUGGGGAGGUGCAGUGUGAUGGUCCAACCCACCUUCUGUCACCCAGCUCUCCCCAUGGCCGAUGGUUUUCUGAUGCUGGGGGAAAAGGCCAUUAAAUCAAAGCCACCAGUGUAGCAACAGGAGCGAGAACACUGGGAUCCUACCCUGGGCCGGCUCCUUCCACGUCCCCCUUGCAGGAGGGACCGCUUGGCAAAGUUUGUUGCCCUUCACGAAGAGCUCUGAGGUGCUGCGGAGAGUUGUUAUUACAGCCAUUUGCUGGGUGUGGAGGUUGCCACCCGAUGCCUCAUUGCUGUUGAACUCUGCUCACCUGUCUCCCAUUUCUUCUCACUGCCCGGCUGUUUGCACACACACACACACACACACAGAGGAGUGCUCGCUCCUUGCCACAAGUAUCUCACGAGCUACAAGUUUUGCUGCUGCAAGGAACCAAAUUGCCGUUUACCAGCCCCUAUGGGAUGUAGGUGCCCUCGGCUCACAUGGAUGGGACUGGAAGCGUGUCCUCGAGUCCCUGCUGACCCCAUUGGGGAGCUCUUGCAACUGCUCUCUCCUGUGACGAUAAGAAACCUCCUGAUUUUCAGCUCAAAUUCAUCCAUGGCUUGUUUGUUCUUCGACCACUGUUGUCCUCUAGCUUUGAUGCUUCAUCUCUCUCCCUGGUUUUUGCUUUCUUUCCUCUGUUCCUAUGCCACUCUGAUUCUCAGAGGAGUAACACAAAGCGUUUCAGGUGUGACCUUCUCCAUCACUUGCUUCCUACAGCCCAGAUCUCUUUUUGAUCAUCACACCAAAGCCUCAUAACCAUCCCACCCCUUUCUCCUGCCAUGUCAGGACCUGGUUAUGGUCCCCAGCAUAGUCAAGGAAUUUGGGUUAGUCUUCAGGAUGCAAUUUUGUUGUUCAACCAUUAAUUUAAUCCUACUUCUAUUACUUAAGCCUGAAAGUCAUACAUUUCUGGCAUGACAUCCUAAUGCUUCUUUCUGUCUCCCCAGCGUUGCACCAUCCAUAAUGUCAUCACGACAUUAAAGCUUUUUUCUGCUAAGGCUGUAAAUGGAAAUAUUUAAUAAGAUUGGACCCAAUUCUAAAUCAUAAGGAACACUACUGACCAUUUUCCUCCCUCUGACUGUUUUGACAUGAACCACCACCAAAUGAUGCUCUUUUCUUCCUCUUUAUUCUCUGUGCUCUACUUGCACCAGUCUCCUCCUGCUUUUGAACUCAUAAUUUCCUCUAUUCCUCACUGUGCUCUUCCUCAAACACAUGCUAACGGCUAUUGCUGGACAGAAAAGGAGUAAACAAAGCUUUGAUCUGACCCGGACCAAGUGUUAUCGUGGACUUCAUUUCACCAUACCAAGCAAGGCUGAGAGCAUGGGAGCUCUGACAUCACCUCCUCUGUCAUUUGCUGUCCCUGAUGACAUGCUGGGAAGCAAGGGGAGAAAUGCUAUCACAGAUAUCAAGCUUUAUUUGUGGUAGCCAAGGAUCCAUUUUACUAGUCAAUUAGUGCAAAUAUCCCCAGAAGGCUGCUAUCGAAGUGCAGCGGGUUUAGCGCUGGUUUAACCCGGAAAAAAUACUGAUUCUGGUCCUCCACUUUGUUCCUUCAAUGGCAAAGGAGCAUCUGAAUAUUAUUUUAGAAAAGGCUUUUCAAAAAACCCCUGUCUGUUCUUAGGAACGGGAAUUAAAAUCAUGUUUCAGAUGAGAGUGUAAAAUUGUAUUUAAAUCACAAAAUACUCAGUUUUAAAAGUAGUUUGUAUUUGUGUUACUUUUCGAAGGAAAACAAAUCCAUGUAUGUCAGGAAAACCCAAAGAAACUUACCCAGAUUUUAUCCUGUCAAUGAUCUGCUGUGUAAAAUGCCUUACAGAUGAUUUUAUUUUAUUGGCAACGUUCAAGUUAGUUACGUGCCUCUUCUCCUUCAGAUCUAAGCAUUUAAUUUAUUAUUUACCCUGACAAUGUUUAAGAUUCGCAUAAACUGCACAGGGCCCAAAAAUGAGUUUUAAUGUCUAAUAAUUACUGUACUCUUUCAAAUAAAGUGCUUUAAGUUCAGUA